GACCAUCAGCUCUGCUGUUCAGUGUUUCAGAAUUUACAUUGAUGUAGCUUCUGCUGUUACUUCUGCUAAAACAUGUAUUACUAGUACUAUCUUUAGAGGUCAGGGCAGCAGGAUUAAUCAGACUCUUUAUCUCUUCAUAACACACAGCUACCUCUCUAAGCUGCCCCCCACCACACUCCAAAUAUAUAUGCGCAUUGUAACUGUAUAAUUAGGCCAGAUCAAUUUAAUACAUGAAAUGGUGAUUGCACAAAGUAAAGUCAAUGCUGCAGACGUUAGGCUGGAUGUGAAGGAGUUUCACUUCCUGUAGAGUUUCUUGGUAUUUGUGGUUUGUCUGAAGGUGUUGCACACAAGAUAAUCAGUGCCUGAAGUAGGAAGUACAGAGCACUUCUGUGUCAGAGUCCAUCAGAGCUGAGCUGCUUUCAGACGACUCCGUCUUGUUGUGGAUGCUGAAGCUGAUCAUGGUUCUCCUGUGGAUGAUCCUGUUGGUGCUUCUGCUCUGUGCAGAGGCCGAGAACGUGACCGAGGUCAGAGGAGAGCUGGGGACCGAUGUCACUCUAACCUGCUCCAAUCAGACAUCAGACCCAUACUGGUACAUGGAGAUCCACAGUCAGUUCAGAGCAGGUAUCGGCCGCAGUUUUUCUUCAGCAGACUCUACCUACUACUCUCCUGGUUUUGAAACCAAAUUUUCAAUCCUGGGAAACAAACUCGUGAUUAAAAACUUGACAGCAGAGGACUGCAGGCUUUACUUCUGUGGCAUCAAGAGAGGAGGCAGCAUUCAGUUUGUGGAGACUUUCCAUCUUAUUUCAGAUGUAACUCAAAAACCUGUCGCACUCACCGACAGCAACCAGCAGAGUGAGCUUUUCAUCCUGAGCUCUCUGAGCCUGAACGCUGCACUCGUUCUUGUGGUGAUCUGUCUCAGUUGUGUAUUGCUGUCUCUGAAGAGGAGAAUCAGCAAGUAUCAGGCAAACCUCCCUCCAGCUGGGACCAGUGAGAGGCUGGAGGCUCCACAGUACGAGGAGAUCAAGCUCCCCUGUCGAUCUGCUCCUGCUGAGAGCGUUUACUCUCAGGUUCAGCUUCUUCCCUUCACAUUGCCUCAAAGCUGAUGGACACACCUGGACAGGUGGAUGAUACCUGGUGGAUUCAGAUUUUGUGGACAGAGGUCAGUCUGAUGACUGAGAUCUUGCUGCUCCUCUGCUCGUUGGAGGAUUUCUUUCUUCAUGUCAACUGUUAGCUUCUUGGACAACAGGACAUCAAGAAAAUGCUGUAAGACCAUUUGAGUCAGAUUCAAAUGAAUGUGACCUUUAAGGUUAAACCAGUUUAUCCUAAGGUGUUUUAGGAUUUAAGGUAGAUAAGCGUCAAGUCAAAGCUUCUGUGAAAACCUGUAAAAAAACAGUCCAACAUUUCAUAUUUAUUUGAAUCCUCUGUCUGUAUUCUUUAUCGGUUUUAGUUACCAGUGAUUCCUGAGAUUAGGGACAAAACAGGUUUUAAUUUUCUAAAAUAUAUUUUUUGAUUUUUCAAAAACAUAUUUACAUAUAAUUGUUAAGUUUUGGCUGUCUCACCAUGUUUUGGUACAAUCUCCCUUUUUAAUAAUUUAUGUUUUUGCAGAAGUACAAGGUUUUUGUCAACACCGUCAGACACAAAGAAAUGCAAAAAUAUAUAUUUUAAAUUAAGUUGUUUCAGCUCUUUAAACUAUUAGCAGCUUCUCUAUUCUAUUGUUUAUGCACAUAUGUUUUCAAAGUAAUUAUACCACAUUUAAAAGUAAGAUUGUUUUGGCUUUUUAUUAUUAGAGUUACAGUCAUACAUAUUUUCAGAAGCUUGUAUUUAAUCUGUAUAAGAAACAGUCAUAUUAAGCAGCAUGCAAAUUACACAUUUAUUGAGAAGAUUACGUAUUUUUAUUGGAAGAUCAUGAGGGAGGAAACUAUAUGGUUCUCCAAAAGAGAAAAAUAAACAAAAACUUCAUAUUAUGGAGUUGACAACGUGCUGACGGUGGUGACACAAAUCUGACGGUGGUGACACACUAGUAGAAAACAAGAUAUUAUUUCUUUCAAAAUGACAAUUAAACCUUAACAACCUUUGUAAUAUCACAAGACACGUCAUAACAAUUCUGUUUUUGCACAUGUCAAGUUCUACAAUAGUUCACCAGCAAGUAGCUGCCUACUACUCCUUGAUUCCUAAAGUUCUUUGUGGUUGUGUGUUUAGACCUUGCUGGACUUUCUCUCCUUUUGUGUCUCUGUGCUUGUUUCCAAAACCUUCUCUUCUGACUUUUUUCUCUUGCUUUCAGAUCACUGGUGUUCCUCUUUGCUAUUCUAGCCUGAAAUGUACCAUUUUGUAAUUACUAUAAUUUUUCUGAACCUUAUGCUUUUUCACAGAUUAAGGAUGAAUAUUCACAACACAAUUAUGCAUAAGCAAUAGAGAUGCUAUCUGGCCAUUAAGUUUGAUGUCAUUAGCCAUUUCCAGGUCCAAACUCCGCUGCAGAUCCCAAAGUCAAAGGAACUCUGCGGCAUCACUGAGAGUUACAAACUGUCUAAAUUCUUUCAUCUUUAAUAAAAUGAUCAGUGUGGCUGCUCUACCAGGUGUAACAUCCAGGCAUCCAUGAAAACAGAAUAUAUGAAAUUUAACAGAGUUAAAGUUAGAUUACUUGUUUCCACCUGAACAUGAUACACCAGCUCUGCUACCACUUCCAACAUAAAUGGAGACAGAAAACUAAACAGCAGUGACUAUUGUCAGGUUACUGAAGUUGGGCCAGAUGGUAUAUAGUGAUGUGCUACAUGACCGCUGGCGACACAGCUGUGUUAGCAUAACAUAAACACAGUGAAGCUGGAGGAUGAAUGCUAACUUUUUUCCACUUGAUAAAAGUUAACGUGAUGGUUCCCGAUGGCUAGGCUGACAGUGAUCACUGACUGUUUUUAGGGGCUUGUUCAGAUGUAAUAGAACAAGAUAAAAAGCAUUAAAACAUUUUAACAGCACAACAUGCUUAAUAAACGCAGAGUACUUUGGGCCCGAAAGCAGGAUUCAUACAUCAUCACUUAAAGAACAGCUCUCAGGGCACAGCUAGCUCAGUAGAUGCCACAUGAUCGAAAGGUUGAGCGUUCAAAUCCAACGAACAGAGGAUAUCCUGGAUUGGUAGCUGCCCACUGCAUCACUGAGUGAAUGGGUUAAAUGCAGAGGACUAAGCACUUUCCUACAGGAUUAAUAAUGUAUACAUAAACAAUGAGAUUCAAGAUAAGGCAAAUUCGAUAAUAUUUGACACAUCUGUGAAGCAGAAAUAUCAGUAAAAUACACAAGAUGUAAUAUGACUGAAAUAUUAGUAAAAAAUAACUUAAUAUAAAUGGUGAAUAGCGCACUUUUGUGACAUUUGUCAACACCAUUAGAAAAAGGGUCAACGCCGUCAGAUAAAAAUCCUGAUGGUGUUGACAAAAUACCCGACUUUCUCUCAAAACACGUGUUUUUCUGACAGAAUCCAUCUUGUUUUUCAUCAUUUGCUUAUGGCCUCUACAAUCUACCUAAAUGAGGCUGUUUUUACAAAAAAAAAAAUUAAAUCUUGGAUUACAUCGACUUUGGUGUUGAUGCACUAUGGUUGUAACCAAAGCUGGACUGGGACAAAAAAUCGGCCCGGGCAUUUUGACUAGAGACCGGCCCACCAGGAUAAAGAUUGAAAAUGUGACGUCAUUCA